GCAAGAAUUAAGAGUGAAAGAGCCGCUCUGAGCCCAGCCGGGGGACAGCGGGAGCGGCCGGGCGCAGCGCACGCACCGGGGGCUGCAUCAGAGAUGGAUACGCUAUAUGGCAGGAAUAAGGAAGAGCACCCAGAGCCCAUAAAAGCUGAGGUGCAGGGGCAGCUGCCCACUUGGUUGCAAGGGAUACUGCUCCGAAAUGGCCCAGGGAUGCACACCAUAGGGGACAGCAAGUACAACCACUGGUUUGAUGGCCUGGCUCUGCUGCACAGCUUUACAUUUAAAAAUGGUGAAGUUUACUACAGAAGUAAAUAUCUCCGAAGUGACACGUACAACUGUAACAUAGAAGCAAACAGAAUCAUGGUGUCUGAGUUUGGGACUAUGGCUUAUCCAGAUCCAUGCAAAAACAUAUUUGCCAAGGCAUUCUCCUAUUUGUCUCACACCAUUCCUGAGUUCACAGACAACUGUCUCAUCAACAUUAUGAAAGCUGGGGAUGAUUUUUAUGCCACUGGUGAGACUAACUUCAUCAGGAAGAUUAAUCCACAGACUCUGGAGACAUUGGAGAAGGUUGACUACAACAAAUAUGUAGCUGUAAAUUUGGCAACUUCUCACCCACACUAUGACAGUGCUGGAAAUGUUCUCAACAUGGGCACUUCAAUAGUGGAUAAAGGGAGGACAAAAUACCUUCUAUUUAAGAUUCCUUCCUCUGUACCAGAACAAGAGAAGAAGAAAUCUUGUUUCAAGCACCUGGAAGUGGUUUGCUCUGUCCCUUCUCGCUCUCUGCUCCACCCCAGCUACUACCACAGCUUUGGAAUCACAGAGAACUACAUUAUCUUCAUAGAGCAGCCCUUCAGACUGGAUAUUCUCAAAAUGGCAACUGCUUACAUCCGAGGUGUGAGCUGGGCUUCCUGCCUUGCCUUUAACAAGGAUGAUAAGACUUGGUUUCACUUUAUAGACAGGAGGACUAAAAAAGAAGUGUCCACCAAAUUUUACACCGAUGCUAUGGUGUUUUUUCACCAUAUAAAUGCUUAUGAAGAGGAUGGCCACAUCAUUUUUGAUAUUAUUGCCUAUACAGACAAUAGCUUGUAUGACAUGUUUUAUUUAAAAAACCUGAGUAAAGACUUUGAAGAGAAUGCCAAACUUACCUCCAUACCAGCCUGCAAAAGAUUUGUGGUUCCUCUGCAGUGUGACAAGGAUGCUGUAGUGGAUUCUAAUUUAGUCACACUUCCUUCUACUGCAACUGCUGUAAAGGAGAAAGAUGGAAGCAUCUACUGCCAACCUGAAAUACUAUGUGAAGGGAUAGAACUGCCUCGCAUCAACUAUGACUACAAUGGCAAAAAACACAAGUAUGUCUUUGCAACACAAGUCCAGUGGAGUCCAGUUCCCACAAAGAUUGUGAAAUUUAAUACCCAGACAAAGGAAAUGCUCCAGUGGGGACAGGAUCACUGCUGGCCAUCCGAGCCUGUUUUUGUUCCCAGGCCUGAUGCAAAAGAAGAGGACGAUGGUGUUGUUCUGACCUGUGUUGUGAAGACUGAUCCAAAGGAUCCACCCUUCCUACUUGUCUUGGAUGCUAAAACAUUCACAGAGCUGGGUCGAGCCAUAGUAAAUGUGGAAAUGCAUAUGGACCUGCAUGGAAUCUUUAUACCACAGCAAGACAUGAAAACUGAGACUGAGUAACAUCUAUUUGUUGUAUUGCACAGACUGACAUAACCUCCUGCUGAAUGUGGGAUAAUAUCCUUCAGGAACAGCCUUCUCUUAUGAUAAGAAAUGACUAAUUAUAACCUCCUCAAUAUCUACACAUAAACUCUUAAAAGAGACAGAAAUGACUUUAUUACAAAUUAUUGUGUGCACAACUGCUAUAUCACUAUUCCAAAAGAAUUAUCAAUAUUAAGUGUUAAUGUUGAAUACAGCUUGUGGGGCAAGGAAUAGCAGAGAAAGGUAACAAGAAAUGUUUUAUUUGAGUAGAACAAAGCUUUCUGAGCAAAUGAAGUACUGUAUUCAUCGCAUGAAUAGGGUGACACAUGGCAUGAGUCACACAUGUCUGCAGGUCAUGUAACUUCCAUGGGCUGUUGCAAGACUGCAGCUGACAAUGAAAGUUGUCUCCUGCCAGAAAACCUCAUGUUAAACUAUUUACCAUGAUACCAAUAAUUCAUGGCAAUGUAUUCUCUUGGUGCUUGAUUUCUUAAACUCUGCCAUAACCAAAGUAUUAUGCUGAGGUGCUACAUUUUCCUUAUCCAGAACCUAACCCCUCCCCCAGCUUUUCUAAUAAUUUCAUGGUGUAUUUUUAGCUUUCAUGUUGACAAAACCAAGUAACUUCAUUAAAAUAGAGUACAUGGUUAUAUGUAGCAUUCAAUUAUACUUUAGCGACAGUCAAUCUUAAGCAGUUUGUAUUUAAAUCAGGUUUCCUUGGGCAGAAUAUCUGCCAUGGCAUUUCAUGUAAUUAGAUGAUUACAUUGUAAAAGAUAAGAAUUGUAUUAUUUGCUAUUGCCACUAUUCUCUGUU